CUGGUAUAGAUUAGCACUCAAGUUGCGGUCACACUGGUUCGCCCAACUAAUUGUUGUUGUUCUCCAAUUGAAAUGUCUGCUGAGCAGGACGCACUGCGUCUGUUCAUCAUCCAAAGCAAAGAGCACUUGCAGCAGCUGCUCAAUCGCCUACAAUGGACAGAAGAAGGCGUACUAAAGCAUCGAGUGCCAGCCAAAUCCAAGGAAACUAGCGAGCAGAAGCUACCGCCCAGUUGCAUGACAACACCACAGCGGAGCGUGCAACUGAGUGAAGGCCAACUGCAGCAAUUGCUAGGCAAGCAACACAUAGAGACGACUAUAAAAAGCGUUGAUGAUUUGCAAUUCAGUUAUAGCGCAGAAGAAAAGCUACUGCUCUACGAGCAUGUGUUGGAGCGAACGCCACGACAACGUGAGAGCUUCGAGGAGAAUACCAACUUUGCGCAGCUAGUCGCGGAGACGAAAAGAGCGCAUCAAAAGCAGCGGCGUCAUCGAAAGACGAAACCAACGCUGCACGAGCAGCUUCAUCAGCUGGUCGAGUUGCAGAUGCAGGCAAUGAUCAAGCAGCAACGGCAACUGCUAGACAAAGAGCAUCAGAGGCAACUACACGCAACUUAUAACAGUCGCAGACAACGCUCGAGAUCCCGAUCCCGUGAUCGUUCCCGUUUUCGUGAGCAUCACAAGCCACAACAGCGUAGGCAACGCAGUCGCAGCCGCAGUCGAAAGCGGCACAAGCAUCAGAAACACCGCAGGAAACGUUCCCGUUCUUCCUCUCCCUCUCACUCACGAGCUCGUUCUCGCUCCCGAUCUCGUUCUCACCGCCGUCAUCACAGAUCACAUCACAAUUGACUUUCCCCUUUUUGG